UCCACUAACUAAAACUGUCAUCUCUGUCGAUCACCCAAAAAGCACAGUGGUUACUCCAAUUAUCAACUUGUCUAAACUUGCCCGAUUCAAAUUUUGGAUUCCUGCAUUACUUUACAAUAGCAUGCAUCCUUAGAAUCAUAAGCUCCAAACUUCACUUCAUCGUCUAUGUGUAUAUAUACACUCACACUGCAAAACACACCAUAAAUAUUACAUAAAACCUAAUGGCAAACCCUAAAGAAACAUAUGCUCCUUUUAGCUCAUUCCCAAAUAUAGAAAAGUGCACAUCCGUAGGUCGACAAAACGACACUGUAGUGACCGAUAUGGAUGGAACCCUACUUUGUGGACGUAGCCCGUUUCCUUACUUUGCCUUAGUUGCCUAUGAAGCUAGUGGAAUAUUAAGGCUUCUAUUCUUGCUAUUAGCUUCGCCUAUUGCUGGAAUUCUCCGCUACUUCAUCUCCGAAUCUGCUGGAAUCCGAGUACUUGUAUUUGCAACCUUUUCAGGGAUGCGAGUGUCUGAUAUAGAAUCGGUGGCAAGAGCUGUUUUGCCCAAGUUUUAUUCUAGUGACUUGCACCCAGAGACUUGGCGGGUGUUCUCUUCGUGUGGGAAGAAGUGCGUAAUCACGGAAAAUCCUAGGAUUAUGGUAGAGGCAUUCUUGAAAGAGUUUGUUGGGGCUGAUAUGGUUAUUGGCACUGAGAUUGUUGUGCAUAAAGGGAGAGCGACUGGGUUUAUUAGGAGUCCCGGUGUUCUUGUUGGACAGAACAAGGCUGAUGCGCUAAAAAUGGCUUUCUAUGAUGCGCCGGUGCCAAAUAUUGGGAUCGGUGACAGGAGGACUGAUCGUCCAUUCAUGAAAUUGUGCAAGGAGAGCUACAUAGUCCCAAGCAAUUCUCAAGUAGAGCCAGUUGGUCCUAAAAAGUUACCAAAACCCAUAGUUUUCCAUGACGGGCGGCUUGUCCAAAAAUCAACACAUUUAAUCGCGCUUGCUACUCUUCUUUGGAUUCCAGUAGGCUUUAUUCUCGCCUGUCUACGCUUAGCCGCCGGUGCGCUCCUUCCAAUGCCAUUAGUGUACUACGCCUUGUGGGCACUUGGUGUUCGUAUUCACAUAAAAGGCACACCGCCGCCGCCAGCCAAGAAAUCCACUGGCCAAGCUGGAGUCCUCUUCGUAUGUUCCCAUAGAACUCUUCUUGACCCGGUCUUCCUCUCCAUCGCUUUAGGACGUCCAAUCCCAGCCGUCACUUACUCCCUUUCGCGGCUAUCGGAGUUCAUUUCACCCAUCAAGACUGUCAGGCUCACUCGAGACCGCGUUACUGAUGCAAACAUGAUCAAGGAACUAUUACAAGAAGGUGACUUAGUCAUAUGUCCUGAAGGGACUACUUGUAGGGAACCAUUUUUGCUUCGGUUUUCAGCUUUGUUCGCGGAGUUAACCGAUGAACUUGUCCCUGUCGCCAUGGCUAAUAAGAUGACUAUGUUUCAUGGAACAACAGCUAGAGGAUGGAAAGGGAUGGACCCCUUCUAUUUCUUGAUGAACCCUAGCCCUGCAUAUGAAGUGACAUUUUUGAACAAGUUGCCUUACAAUUUAACAUGCGGAGCAGGAAAAUCUAGCCAUAGUGUUGCUAAUUAUAUACAAAGGACGAUUGCUGCAACUUUGUCUUACCAAUGCACCAGCUUUACUAGGAAGGAUAAAUAUAGAGCACUUGCUGGCAAUGACGGAACUGUCGUGGAGGAGCCCAAGCAGGCUCGUGAUGAAGUCAUGGAUUCCUAGACAUUCAUGUCAUUCCAGUAGGCUUUAUGUAUAUAUGAAAAGUAUAUUCGGGAAGCACCGGGAACAGGCAGAUGAAUCUUGAAAGAACAGUCUGAGCAAUCUGAGCAUUUGCCACCCCAUUAUACUCACGCUUAAUGAAAUUACAAGAAGUGAAAAAAGUCUCAAGUAUAUUUAUCUAUGAUAUUAUCUUAGAUUAAGGUAAUAAUACAGUAAAACAUAAAAUUAUUUAUUAAUUUUUACUA